AUGAAGAACCGGGCGCCUGUUUUCGGCCUCACUACAGUCGACGACAAUGCCUGGCUUGUCGGAGACCGCGCCCUGCUCUCUCGUCGCUAUGACCAAAUCUGGUCUACCCAUACGCCUGGUCUUAUCAGCACCUGGACCGCGUCCGACCAAGCCCACUACGCCAUUCUGGAUGUAGCUGGACCGCCACCGCCUUCUCGUCCAUGGGAGCCGGAAGACGACCCGAAACUUGUUCAUAUCGCUGCAGGCGGAGGUAUUGUCAUCGAAGCCGGGGCUGACGAAGCCGGGGUGGCUCAGCUUACAACCAAGUGUGUUUACUCAAUUGGAGAUGUCUUCAUCAAAAUGCACCAUACGAUACACUGCGACUCAACUGAUGAGGAUGUAACUAUCACGGAGUUACAGAGACUUCUUCCAGAUCGAACAUUCACACUUCCGAGCGUCCGUUACCACGCUCGCUACGAUAACCGCUAUUUCCUCAUCACAUCUGUGGUGCCUGGUCAAACAGCAGCACAGCUUUGGUGGGAUUUAGAUGAUACAGUCAAGGAUCGCUAUGCAGCCCUCAUCGCCAAAGCUUGUAUCGAAGUUGCUACGAUUUCUUCGGAUAAGUUAGGCAUUGGUAUUGAUGGAACUAUUGCGCCAAAUGGGCGUUUCGGCAAGUACCUGACGCGCAAGGACUUACCGAAUAUUCUUGCAAAUUGCAAAGCGCUUAAGCUCGAUGUGGAGCCCCCAUUUCACCUCUUUCAUGAAGAUUUAGGGCCUACAAACGUCCUUAUCGACACUCAGAACGAAUCAAUCGGUAUCAUCGACUGGCAAGCUGCUGAAUACGUUCCUAGGGAAUGGAUCGGCAUGAACUUUGCUCGUGCGAUGGCCAUGGUGCAAGACCCACCUAUCCCAAGUACAUACCAAUCGAACGAUUAUGCUCAACGAGUUUGGAAAGCGCUGCAACGCCAUGGUUUCAGUGAUGAUGGGAGUGUUUGGCUGAGCUGGAAGUGGAUAGACUGGCGCGAUUGA